AUGGUAGGUCUUGAUGAUUCACAUCCUCUACUUGAGGAUGAAACUCAAGUAAGAGCUGUAGACUCUGAUUCAAAAAAACGCAAAAAUGAUUCGUCACUACUUCGUCCCUGGAGAGGUAAUAACGAAAAAGCUUGGCGAAAUUUCAGCUGCCGUACGCUAUGGGCCUACACGGGUCCUGGCUUUCUGAUGAGCAUUGCCUAUUUGGAUCCUGGUAAUAUCGAGUCAGAUCUACAGAGUGGUGCAGUGGCAAAUUACCGUUUGUUGUGGUUGCUUUUUCUAGCAACAAUAAUGGGUCUCUUCAUGCAAAGACUGGCGGCACGUAUUGGAGUUGUUACUGGGAAGCACCUAGCUGAAAUAUGCUAUGAGAAUUACCCCAGACCUGCCCGCAUCAUUCUUUGGCUAAUGGUUGAAAUCGCUAUUAUCGGUUCCGACAUGCAGGAGGUCAUUGGUACCUCAAUCGCCAUUAAUAUCCUUAGCAUGGGGAAGGUACCUCUAUGGGGUGGCGUCCUUAUAACCAUUUUGGACACAUUCACAUUUCUCCUCAUUGACAACUACGGUCUUCGUAAAUUGGAGUUAUUUUUUGGUUUCCUCAUCUCCGUCAUGGCUAUAACCUUCGGAUACGAGUAUAUAGUAGUUGCACCAAAUCAGGCGAGCGUACUUCGUGGCUUCUUUUUGCCUUCCUGUUCCAACUGCGGCUGGCCAGAGCUGGAACAAGCAGUUGGCAUAAUCGGGGCCAUCAUUAUGCCGCACAACUUUUACCUCCAUUCUGCUUUGGUGAAAUCUCGCGACGUCAAUCGAAAAUCUAAUCGUUCAAUCGCGAUUGCAAAUUUCUACUUCUUCAUCGAGGCUUGUGUUGCUCUUGGCGUCUCUCUCGUGAUUAACGUCUUCGUUGUUGCCGUUUUCAGCGAAGGAUUCUAUGGAAAAAAUAUCGUAGAUGUUAUCAACAACUGUUCUACAAGGCAGACAAUACCCGAAGCCUUUCUCGAAACUGCACGGAAAUUUGAUCCAACCCAAGUCGACCUCUAUUUGGGGGGCGUCUUUCUGGGCUGUGAAUUUGGAAUCGCUGCGCUCUACGUGUGGGCGGUGGGCCUGUUGGCAGCUGGUCAGUCGUCCACCAUGACUGGUACUUACGCCGGUCAAUAUGCGAUGGAGGGAUUCCUCAAUCUUCGAUGGAAACAGUGGCAGCGGCUUCUUGUUACCCGGUCUAUCGCCAUUUUGCCUACUCUCUUUGUGACAUUUUUCGAAGGCAUUGAAAAUUUGACCGAGAUGAAUGAUUUGCUGAAUGUUUUGAUGAGUGUCCAACUGCCCUUUGCUGUGAUUCCCUUGCUUACCUUCACCAACUCAAGUGUAAUCAUGGGACCAUUUGUCAACUCACUCUCGAAAGUGAUAUCCACACUGAUUUCACUGGUUGUGAUUGCGGUCAACUUCUUUUUCGUGGUGAUAUUUUUCAAAUCACGAUUGGUAAAUCACCUUGCGGCCUAUAUUGGAGUUGGCUGCUUACUUAAGUGUCGUGUUGCUGAUAUAUUUCAUACUUUGUGUUUUUGUUGCAUCCUUUAUGCCCUACUUUGUGUGAUCAGCUCUCUUUGGCUGUCAAAUCUCUAUUUGCAAGAAUAA